GUGCAGGCAAUAACUUCUUUCUCACCACCCACCAAGGAGAGAGCAGAAAGAGCACUCAGAGAGCAGAGGAGAGAGAGUCAGGAAGGCUAAGUUUUUGUCUUCAAGAGCUCCCUCUCUCUCUCUCUCUCUCUCUCUCUCUCUCUCUCUCUCUCUCUCUUUGUGACAUUAAUGUAUUGAAGAGCUUUGGAGUUUUUGCUGUUGCUUACAUGUUUCACAGAAUGAUGGAGAAAUGGUAAGAGUGAUCCCACACAAACCAGGAUUCAAUUUGCUGUUACAAGCCUUUCUGAAUCCAAUUAGAAGAUCCCUCGAGAAGCUCGAAGGUCGUUUUCGUGCUCCUGAAUCCUCCUUCAAUGGCUACUGUCCUCGGACUCUCAGAGGCGAUUCGAGAAGGUUUUUAUCUGUCGGAUAAUUCCGCUAAACUUUAUGGUCCAAGAUACAAUAAGAAGAUUCACAGAAAGAAGCCUAAAUGGAAUUUGUGCUCAAUGCAUGCUCACUCCAAGCACUCCUCUGGGGGUUUCAAGCUAGAGGAUAGGCGAAAUUUCCAGGUAUAUUCGAGUUUAGUCGCAAACCAGGUAGGAGAGGUCGCAACUUCCUCGGAGCAGAAGGUGUAUGAUGUGGUGCUCAAACAGGCCGCGUUGGUGAAUAGGGGAUUGAGGCCCGAGCUCGAUGUGAAACUGGAGUUGUCCAUUUCUGACUCGACGAAUGUAUUGAAGGAAGCCUAUGAUCGGUGCGGGGAAGUAUGCGCAGAGUAUGCUAAGACCUUCUACUUGGGAACACUUCUUAUGACCCAUGAAAGGCGGCAAGCAAUUUGGGCGAUUUACGUGUGGUGCAGGAGAACAGAUGAACUUGUUGACGGGCCUAAUGCCUCUCACAUCACGCCCUCAGCUCUCGAUCGAUGGGAGUCGCGCUUGGAGGAUCUGUUCACAGGCCGUCCUUACGACAUGCUCGAUGCUGCUCUCUCAGAUACUGUUGUGAAGUUCCCUGUUGAUAUUCAGCCAUUCAAGGACAUGAUCCAAGGGAUGCGAAUGGACCUUAAGAAGUCAAGAUACAAAAAUUUUGACGAGCUCUAUCUCUACUGCUAUUACGUAGCAGGAACGGUGGGGCUAGUGAGUGUUCCUGUGAUGGGUAUCGCACCAGAGUCUAAAGCUACGACAGAGAGCGUCUACAACGCAGCUCUGGCGUUAGGCAUCGCGAAUCAACUCACCAACAUAUUAAGGGAUGUUGGAGAAGAUGCGAGAAGAGGUAGGAUCUAUCUGCCGCAAGACGAGCUCGCACAGUAUGGGCUUUCGGACGAGGAUAUCUUCAAUGGAAGGGUGAACGAUAAAUGGAGGGGCUUCAUGAGAAGCCAAAUUGAGAGAGCCAGGAUGUUCUUCCAAGAAGCAGAGAAAGGCGUUACUGAGCUCAGUCAAGCUAGUAGGUGGCCAGUGUGGGCUUCUCUCUUACUUUAUCGGCAGAUCCUUGACGAGAUUGAGGCAAAUGACUACAAUAACUUCACAAAGAGGGCGUAUGUUAGCAAAGCAAAGAAGUUAAUGGCGCUACCUAUAGCAUAUGGGAGGUCACUAAUUCCACCUUAUUCUGUGAAGGAGUCGAGCUUAUCGAAAAGCCUGAGUUAGAGCAGAGAAUUUCCAUUUCCACUGUACAGCCAUGUAUCAGUGACGUAUAAAGCUUUGUUUCUCAAUGGAUAGGUGACAAGAUAUAGUAGUGGAAUUGAGCAAAUCCGGUAGCUUAGUAGGGGUAUUAUAACUAGUGAGUGAGAAGGAACAAGUGUAACAUGGUCCACAGGGAAUAUGACUUCGUUAACUUUUUUGGUAUGCGAUCUUGUGCUAAAUCACCGCUACAUCACAUGAUUUAUUUCUCACAUUUAGUUCCUCUCUAUAUAUCCAUGUAACGAUGUAUAACUUGAUCAUUUCUACAUAAAAUUAGGAAGUAUUCAGAGCCUCA